AUGUCAGCCAUGGAGACGCAAAGUCAUCCGCCCGUUGCGCCUCACAAAGCCGCAGGGCUGAACAACAUUCUCAACAACGAUGACCGGCCUUCACCCAACGGUCCUCCGCUGCAGCUACGGGACUCUGGCUUCUAUUCAACUGCCGAGGCUUCUAGCAAGCACACGUCCGCUGCCUCCUUUACUGUGAAUGGCCUUAGCCCGGCAGGAUCCGGGUACCAAUCGUCACUUACAGACAAGACUCCUUCUCCCGUCGCUACUAAUUUGGUACCCCAAGCGCUCGUGUCGCCCUCAGCAAGCAACAUGAGCGUUGCCUCCAUGGUUUCGCCCACGUCGCCGACAAGCGACCGGAGAUUCGACCGACCGACCUCCAUUGAAUCCCAAGGACAGAAUGGAGCCGCCUUUGGUGAGAACCUUGGUGUUGCUUGCGGUCCUAGGCGCGAGAGUGUCGAUAGCAGGAUCAACCAAGGCAUUAGUGACAUGCGCUUGGGGUCGUCUCCUUAUGCCAGUAACAACCAAAGCACGAGUUCCAUCCAAAACACGCUUCACUCCCAGCGGAAUCCUCGACCUGGUCUAGAGUCCCUAUCAGUACACAGAAUUUCCAACGGCUACCAGCCAAGCGCCGACCGAAACCCCGGUGAGCCCAAAGUCAUCAAAACUGCACCUGCGAUUACUGGGCCUGCGACUAGUCAUAUUGCCCGAGCUGCCGAACCCACCAAAGGUCAAGCCUGGGCUUUCCCCGAGGAAGAGAUUCAGCGCGUUGGACCACCCGCUCACUACGAUGAAUCUCGGCGCAGCAGCAUCACGUCCAUGGCCAGCAGCCAAUUCACCACCGAGUCGCGAUUGCCUCCUGGUCAGCGAAGACUAGAGGAUGGAGCUGAUUAUGCUCGCAUGUCGACCGCGCCCAACGAGUUUCCCCCGGUGCAUCAUCACACGAUGCAACACAAGCAGCUGAGCGAUUUGCAAGCCGAGGAAGGCAGCGGCCCUCCCGGAUCGCAACCCUACAGCCGGACUCCCGAGUUGAGGGUCAGCCACAAGCUGGCGGAGCGCAAGCGACGAACCGAAAUGAAGGAACUCUUUGAUCAAUUGAGAGAUUUGAUGCCCCAGGAGCGAGGAUCAAAGGCAUCAAAAUGGGAAAUCUUGACAAAGGCCAUUGGCGAACACCAGCGUCAAGCCGAACUCAUCCGCACCCUCCAAUCCUACUACAACAACGCCGCCUCAGAGAUUGAAGUGCUGCACCGUGAGCUGGAAACCGCGCGCAUGGAGGCUGCUCAGUUACGAGGAGAGGUUGGCUCCCCCGGGAAUCCUCCCCAGCAAGCGCGACCUGCACCAUCCUCACAGAGCUCGCAGCAGCCGCCAGCCUCGUACGGCAGCGACAUUUACGCCAAUACCAACAGAACCGAGUUGCCGCCUUUGCGCUCCAUCCACGCCGGACCAGAAUCCAUGACUGGAGUCCAGUAUGACGCCCCUCGAGUCAAUGGCUACCGACAGGAAAGAUACUAG